UAAAAAUGAGUGCUAUUGGAGAGAAGCUCGUGCCUAAAAAGGUAAAUUAUGAACUUAGAAAGUACAAAACAGAUUUAAGACCAGCAGAUGCGAAAAAUAACCACCCUCUUAUGAAAGAUGAAAAUGAUGCCAAUCCUCUAGUCCAACCAGACCUCAGUUCCAAACAAGAAGAAUCCAAAGACGACAUCUUCUCUAAACUCAAUAAUGAAGAAAAAGGUGUCUGGGAGCAGAAAUAGAGAGAAAAUUAUGAAAGAUUUCCAAAAAGAAUUCGGUGACAUGGAAGUCUUCAUCAAUGAAGGUGGUGACAAAGACAUCGACAGACCCAUCCGUAUGGGAAAGGGCCGAUCCAGACUAGACCAACUUGAGAAAAAGAAGAAUUCCAAGGGUGCCAAAAUUGCAUCCAUUAGUGCUGAUGAGUUCCAGAACCAGUUCAAGAAGCUUAAGAGAAAGAUGACUCAGUUCUGGACUAAGGAGGAUAAGGUAGCUUGCCUCAAGAUUUGUAUCCAAUGUGCUAAGCUUUUGAACGAUACUGAGACCCCUGCUUUUUACCCACAGAAGUUCUUGAUCAUAACAGAGAUCCUUGAUGACUUUGGAAACAUGGUCUUUGAAAGAAUGAAAAAGCUGUCUCUUCAACACCAAGGAGUCGAAAAUUGGAAGAAUGUCAUUGAUAACGAGAUUGACUUUAGAUCAACUCCAGAUUUUGUUAAGCAGAAGACCAAUAACUGGUUCCUCAAGUGUGCCUGUAUCAGAGAAGUUUUACCCAGAGUUUACCUUGAGCUUACACUUGUUGGUAGUAGAAGAUUUUUGAACAAAAGAAUGUCCGUCAGUGACCUUGAUAGAUUAGCUCUGAUGGUCAGAGGUAUUGCAGAACCCCUCAGUGCAUCCUAUACCUGCAUGUACCUUGCUAGAUGGGGAGAAACUAUAGAUCCUAAUGCAAAAAAUUACUUGUUCACAAUGAUAGAAGCAAUGUACAAGCACUGGAACUAUGCAGCAGAAUAUGGAAAUCCUUACCUUGAUACUGAUAAGUACUUCAAGCUAUUCGAGCCUGCAAUUGAUUGGCUUUUUUACUGUGCUGGACAAAACGCUAAUGAAAAGAUGUAUAAGAAGUCUAUUAAGAUGUACAACAAAAAUACUAAGAAGGCAAUUUAUCUCAGUAGUAUAAUUCUUCACUUCCCUGCAGACUUCACUUGUAAGUUUGCGGAAGACAUCCUAGAAGAGAUCAAGAAGUUCGAGCUUGAUGAUAGAAUCAACUUACUAGGAUGCUUAGGUAAAGCUCUCAUCAAGUCUAAGCCAAGAAGAAGUGAAAUGAAGCUGACCUUCCUGAACUACUCCUGGGAGCAAUUGAUUCAGACUACUGAUUCCUUGUUGUUCAUGAGAGUCUCUAUUGUCUUGGCUGAAUUUGCUAUCAAGAAUAUGAAAUCCGAAAGCGUCAAUACCUUCAUCUCAGAGAUCUUCAAGAAAUUCAGAGACUACAUCAAGGUUGGGGAUGAUGAAGAACUAUACCAAUGCUUAGAGCAGCUGAUCCUGAUCAUUAUGAAGACUGCGAAAGACUUCUCAGAAAUAAUUGGGCUUGAAAAUUUCAUGUCUUUGCUGAACUACUUCUCAUCAGGUAUCAAGCUUAGGCUGUGUGAGAUCAUGGUUGAUUAUUAUCUCAAACAAGAUGAUGUCUUUAGUGACUCGUACUGUAUGCAUACCGUCCUCACCAUUGCAAAAGUUCUUCAUGAUAAGAUUGACUCUAUGAGUGACAAGAAAGAAAUUGAAAGACUCUCAGAAAAAAUCUGCACAUUGAUUAAGAAAAUAGACUUCGGAAGAGACCUUGAGAAGAUGCUCAAAGUUUUUACAGAUGCUAGAGGAAUGUUCACAAACUUGGAUGAGGUCACUCAGUACCUAAUAUACGCUGUCUUGAGACUUGCAGUUCAAGCUAAUAAGAUUACUAAAGGAAAACACAAUAAAAAGACUAUGGCUUUUGUCAAGGCCUGUAUUGCCUAUGCUCAUAUCACAAUUCCAAGUUUGUUUGAUUCCAAGGACCAAAUCAAGUUAUUCAUGCUUACUGCUGAAGUAGGAUUGAUGAAUGGGCUCAUAUCAGAGACUGAUUCAAUUAUCAAAGCUAUUCUAUUGAUCCUUAAUGCUCAGUACAAGAACAAUCAGGACCUAGAAGCAGAGGCUAAAAUGACAGAACACCUUCUUAACGUGAUUGGAUUCUUAGUAGUAAUGCCUUCAAACCCAGAAAAUCACUUCGAGGCGACUUACGUAAUCAUGAACUUGAUAGAGAAGAAAGUGUGGAAUAACAAAUCUGUUCUGAAUAAGGUUAAAAUAUUAGUUGCUUUAUUCAACUAUUUAUCGACCCAGGCUCAGGAUAAGCUGCCUUACAAUAUAAACAGAGUCGAUUCGAAUGACUCAAUCUUCUUAGGUGACCCUACCUUCACAGCUGGGCUUGAAGAAUGUCUGGUCAGAGUGUUUGACCAAAUAGUAAAUGUAAUGACUGAGCUGAAUUCAGCCACAGAUAGAGAAUCCCAAGCAAUGCUAAGUCAGUCAAUGACACAUGCUUCUACUUGUUUAGCCCAGAACUUAGUCCUGAGUGAGAACAUCUCAAAGUUCAUCAGCAAGUGUAUCAAGAAAGCAGAGAAAUCGUAUGUGAAAUCUCAGAGAUUUAUCUCAAAUGCUUUCCUUGAAAGGACCAAGAAAUACAUCGCAAAGAAGAGUUCAUAA